AUGCCCGCGGCAUCUGAGCACAGCACGCGAUACGGUUUAUGCCGGAUGUCCUCGCCCGAGUUUCUGAAAUCGGGAAGAGUGGACCAGUCACUGGUUCCCUCAACUAGAGGAGUCUCAGAAAAGGCUAACUUGCCUGUCCGGCCUGAAAUUGAUCCCGUCGCUCGGUUCUGGCAGCGGGUGGUUCUUGACUCGAUGGGUCGUCGGGUCGUCGGAUGGAACGGGAUGGCGCUACUUCUUGUUGUAACGCUCCACUCGCCCCCGGGGCCAGUAUAUCUUUACCAAGUCCGUCUCAUCUGGGCAUUUUCGCCCUUUCAAAUCCCUCGUCGAUUCAGUCGUGCCUACUCUCCCCGUCACUCUUGUCGCGCAUCCUAUAGUUCGGCUCCCCAGCGCAAUCCUGUCGUGUCGAUCAUCGUCAUCUGCCCAGUAGACCUGUGCAUUUCCGUCUGCAUCUGA